CGGGGAGGCAGUCUGAAGAGGAGGAGGAGGCGCCAACGGCAAGAGGCGCGUCGUGCAUGGUCUUCUCAUUCUCGUGCUAGGCUUAGUCGAAUUUCGCUGUGAUCUCUGCUCGUACGAGCUUACAGUCGCGUUUCUGCGUUCGUGUAGGUCGUGUCGUUGCGUGCCUUCUCUCAGAUCGUCCUUCAUCGGCAGCUAACCGAUAACCGGUUGGCAAGUCUCAUCCGAUCGGUUCGCAGAAUGUGAUCGCGAAUUUAUGCGCGAUUUCCAUGGACUCGAUCACCGUCGUCGAGAGGAUCACGGUGUCUCCUAGGCAAACGUGAAAUUGUAGUCGCGGUUUGGAGUAAACUGGGAGGAUCGGGUUUGAUGGGGUAACUUGGCUCGUUCGAGUUGGCAAGAUCGAUCUCCAGGCGGGAAAAUAGAACGAGAGGAUCGUUGACGAGCGAUGAACGCUUCUUUCGGGACAAAGCCGAGUUACAAUCUUCAGGCUACGUAGAUAUCCGCCUACCGAUGGGAAACCGACCGAUAACUGCAAUCAGCGCUUUUGUAGAUCAUUCUCAGAUUCGUAGGAAAACUCGAGGUUUAUUUUGAAGCAGGGAUAUUAAGAUCUAUAACGAGGAUUCAGGGAUAUAAGGAUAGUAUAAAUACUUCAAAACUGAAACAGCAGGGAAUAAGACUUUAUAGCUGAAACUGUAAGAGAUUCAAGGACAGUCAGCAACGUCAGAUGUACUCCAGCUGAAAUUCUAAGGGUACUUCAGGAUUAAAACAGCCAGAAAUAACUUCAUAGCUAAGACAGUAUAGGAUUCAAGGACAGACAGUCAGCAUCCUCAGGUGUACUUCAGCUAAAAUCAUAAAAAUAUUUCAGGAUUAAAAAAAACAGAAAUAACUUCAUAGCUAAGACAGUAUAGGAUUCAAAAAUAAACAGUCAGCAACAUCAGAUGUACUUCAGCUAAAAUCAUAAGGAUACGUCAGGAUUAAAACAGUACACAGUAAGAAACAUUAGGUACCUACCUAGAAACAGUAAGGAUAAUAUUGUGAGGUUAAGAGACUCAAUUAUGAAUGAAACAAUAGUCAGUGAAAGACAAACUAGUAAGCUGUUAGGAUACCAGUGCAAAAUCUUCUUGUAACAGUAAGGUGAAGCAAAGGAUCUAACUGAAGUAAACUGAGGGUAAAGAGUACUAUCAAGUUGAAACCAAUAAAAAUUGCGAGAAGGGGGUGCCUGUAACAUAAAUUCAGGAGAAGAGGUCCGAGUGCGUGUCAAGGCGAUACCGCAAAUAACGCGGCGGAAUUAAGCCGGGCAGCUGGAAGAGCGGGCAGCAGGAGAAAUUGGUCAACGACAAGGGCGCGAGGAAAGAUAAAUUAGACGGAUAAAACAAGCGGAGCGUGAGUUGAAGAGAAAAGUGGAGUCCGUUGGAGUGGAAAACGCGUAUCGAGAACGAAUUGUGUGAUAGCGGGUCGAAGCGGGGUGCCUUAACGGAGGCUGACAAGGCUCGCAACCUUGGAAAUAGAUGAAUACUUUUUGCUGGUCGUCGCAGGAAAUCGAUCGCCUCGUUAACAAGUCCCGAAGCAACGUUCGGAAAUUAUUCGCGGAAGAGGAAGGUGGCCCGUGAGAAUACGGAAUCUCGAAAAGAGGGUGGAUCGGCUACGUGAUCGAUAGACAAAGGCAAGGAGAAUAAAGAAGAAGUAACGAGAUCCAGGUCGCGAAAUCAAUCAGAGGAGCAGGGAAUAAUAAUAAUUUCGAAGGGUAGCUUUUGGUCAACGAACCGAGAACGUAAAGUUUCAUCGGGACCCACGGACAAGAUUACUUUCCUCGAAACGUGCCGGCUAAUUUCGAGUAAUAGCUCCUUUGUAAUCGGCCAGGACGCCUCACGAGAUUACCAGGAUGCAGCAGUGUGCGUGCAACGCGUUGCAUUAUGCAACGGAAGCGACGAUUUAAUCGACCACGAGGUGCUUUGUGUUCGGCGACUGUGAGAUUGCCGUCGAGACCGGAUACCUAGGAGUUUGUGUAGAACAAUCGGACAGUAUUAAUCGUGUCUCGCGAUUUUGAACGAUUCUUCGAACUUGCUUGCUUCUGCUGUUCAGUGUCUUGACACUCGCGUAAUUAAAACAAGCAGCGACGUCCUUAACGACUCCUGGAGAUCAAAGCUGCGAUGGAAUCUAAUAAAUCGAUAUAAAAAUAGAGAAAGUGGAGCACUUCGUUGAACAAGACACACCCACGGGUCAAUUUUAGUUACCGUUUCCGAGAAGAUCCACGUAGAGGGGCUGAAACUCAAAUGAGUUAAGGUGCAGAUCAUUCAGAGGAGCGUGUUCGAGAGUGGAACUCGGUGGGAUCGUUUCGGUGAUCGGCCAUAAUAUUUUCAUCGAUUUUUGCUAUUUUGCCUGGACACCUUUGGAUGGUCCGAUUGGUCAGUCGCUUCUGAGUGGUGGACAUCGGAGGAAGGGGUUUGCUGUGAAGUGUUAGGUGAUGUGAUCAAAAUUUUGAGUCGUACGUGCGGUGUUGGACGCUGCGGUGAGGAUAUUUGGAUUAAAUAUUGGAAUACUGUGAGCAGUUACCUUAAAUAUUAAAUUUUACAAAAUAUCUAUUAGUCACUGGUGACUGUAUUAAAUAUUAAAAAGCAUCACUGGUUACCACUUAAAAUCUAAUAUUAAAAUAUCACCGUAAGUGAGCGGUGAGCACCUUAAAUAUAAAUUGAAUAUCACUGUCAGUGAUCACCUUAAAUAUUAAAUACUAAAAUACUAUAAAGCAUCAAACUAACUAGUGACCAAUCUAAUAUACAUUAAAUAUCGAAACACGAAAGUAUCACUGUAAUUGAGCGAUACUUAAGCACAUAUUAAAUAUUGAAACACUGUAAAACAUCGCUGCAAUCAUCCUAAAUAAAUAUUAAAUAUUGAAUCACUGUGUGUGAGUCGGCUGCGACAAGAUAACAAAAGCAGUGAAAUUUUAAAGGUGCAAACAUUUCCAAAAUUUGUCAAUCGUUUCGUGGACCAUCUUUCAUCAUGAAGAUAAUUUUCAUUUCUUUGGCGUUAAUUACGCUGUCAUUGGCUGACACGUCGUUGAAGACGCGGUUCAAAAAGUGUUGUUCACCUGGUGAAGUCUUCACGGAAGGUGUUUUAUCAAAAGUUGGAUGCGCACCCACACCUGUACGCUCGAUAGAGCUUUACAAUCUCGAUAAUGUGGGCUACAAUAUCAGUUUGAACGCGUCUGGAAGUCAGUUUGGAAUUCCGAUUUGUGCGCGCGAGGACGACAUCGCUACGACACCGCUUGCCAACGUGACAUCCACCGACUUCUUGCAGGAAUCAAGCUGCAUAGAAAUUUUCGACGAUAUCGAAUCGGGCACGAACUAUCCUCUAAUUGUUCAAUGUCGCUCGAACGAAGACAGAGAAGAAAACAAAGAACCGAGUCUGCCUCUGCCCCGACUUCUGAACAUCAGAAGAUGUUGUCCGAAGAAUUCAUUUUUCGACGAGCACCGUGGAAUCUGCAUUCCGCUAUUCGAGGCCAUUCCUGACGGAUACUUUUCGGAUAUCGAUGAAUUUUUAUCCUUGUUACCGAAGGAAUUGGACACGCUGGACUUCUUGAAUGUGAGCAGAACAUCAACGAAAUGUUCAGGGGCGACAUUCACUUAUGUGAUCGACGCCGAGGACCUCGUUUACGUGAACGGAAUCUUACAGGUAACAGUGACGUCCUCGGCGGGGAAAAUUGAACGAUUGAACAUCACCAGCGAGAAUGCUUGUCUGGAGCUGACGCCGGAUUUCCGGGCGAAACGUCGCCUGGCGGUUCGCGUUUGCAGAAGCUCGGAUCAUUGCCAGAACAACGCCUGCGUGAGGAAGUGUUGCAAAGAGAACGGGUCUCAAAGAAAGAAGUGCAUAAGAAAUUAUGUGCCCGAUUUUCCCGACCGUUUUUACGAAACUGUCUCUGAACUCAUGAAAGUAGACAGCGUUACAGAAUUCGGUCUGCUGGUCGGAUUAAGGUGCGAGUACCAAAUGUACAUGCUGACCGAGAACGAUACAUGGAGCAUGACACCAGAAGGCUACAUCAAGGUAGAUCCAAAUGUGGAGACAUUUCAACACGACCGGUACUGUCUGGAGACGCGGUACAACAGCACUGAUGCAAACGUCUUGAAUGUUUUUGCUUGCUUCGACAAACCACAUCAGGAACCAAGUCCAACAAAAAUUGCAGUUUCCAAUGUCUUAGAAGCAAUCAGUUGCUUGUUUCUGCUGUUGACGUUGCUGGUUUACGCUUGUUUACCCACUCUUCAAAAUCUGCACGGGAAAACCUUGAUGUGCCAUUCCGCGAGUCUUCUAGUGGCUUUUGCUUGUCUCGCUAUAAUACCGUCGGUGACACCGCCUAUGGUAUUUGACGAAGAUGCUGAGGAACGCUAUGCCACCGCAUUUUGCUUCACACUGGGUUACAUCAUGCUCUUUGCAUUCCUGUCCGCUUUCUGCUGGUUGAACGUCAUGUGCUUCGAUAUAUGGCGGACUUUCGGAAGGCUACGUGGAACCGUUUCCAGAGAUCGGUCUCAUCACAAACAAUUCUUAUCAUAUUGUUUGUAUGCAUGGGGCCUGUCACUGUUCAUAACUGUCUUCGGGAUUUUGAGCGACAAGAUGGAAAUUCUUCCAAAUGAGCUGAGACCGAAUUUUGGAGCUGAGUCCUGCUGGUUUAUCAGCGCGGAUGUUGCAGGUCAACCAAACUUGUACGGUGAUUUGCUUUUCUUCCGAGGACCAAUCGCAAUUCAGCUGACGUUGAACGUGGUGUUCUUCAUUCUCACGUCAGAGAGGUGUAGCAAAGUGAAAGCAGAGAUAAGAAGGGUUGCCGACCCAUCGGAUCCCAGGAGCAAACGAUUUCACGCUGACAAAACUAAUUUGCAAAUUCCCAAAUUUAGGUUCAUCAUGAACGUGAAACUGUUCAUCGUGAUGGGAAUAUCGUGGAUCGCGGAGAUAAUCUCUUCAUUCAUAAAUCAAUACACGAAUUAUACGUGGCAGGAGCAAAUUUUCUACGCGACGGACGCGUUGAACUGUCUCCAGGGUGUAUUGAUAUUUGUUCUGUUCGUGAUGAAGAAAAGGGUCUAUCAGGCGUUGAAGAAACGACUGAGCUUCGGCAAGCAGAAGAAAGGCUUCAGCCAAGGAACAUCCACCUUGCAAGACCCAUUCAAAGCGAAAAUGAGCGCGAGUCAAAGCACGCUGACGUCUAGCUUCGGUGUUAGCGUAGCACCUUGAACGUACCGAGUAAAAUGUAUUUGACCGGCUGUAUUAUACAGCGAACCGAAUAAAAGUGAUCACUAAUUCUCUGUGGAAACAUAAGAAAAAUUAUAGAAGAGAAUUUUAGCUUGUUAGUUUUCGAGGAAGUCAAGUUUCAACAUUUUUUUCAAUAGCAUUCAGGUGAUGUCGGUUAAUUUUGAUGUCGCUGAAGGUUGCCAUAACAGUAAAGGGAUCAGACUUGAUUUCUUCGAAACUCGACAAAAACGUAUAUUUUUUCUUAGUUUUUCAUAAGAUAUAAUACUGUGUGAUUCAACUUUUAAACGAAUUUUUACAAACGAUACGAAUACGACUUUUUAAUACCAAAUCGAGUAUCAUCUUUUAUUAAAUACUUGAACGUUUGUUCAGUGGGAGAGAUAUUGUAAGAAUAUCAGAUUUAUUGGAUGUGAAAUAACUAAUUGGAAU